AUGUAUGGCACUUUGACUUGCCAAACCGUUGUUGCUAUUAUGCUGAACUUCAUUAAAACCAAAACGAACUUUGAAAUUGCCGCAGUGGCUCUUAGACCACACGAACACAAUGUCGACUUCGCAAAAUUGCUUAUUAAAGCGGGCGAAGUGAUCAACGUGAAAAUAGUGGUUGUGCCGAUGUACUUGGGACCACUCACUGAAAUUCUUUUGUCACGUGAAAAUGACACAACUAAAGUCUUUGGGAUUUUAGAUAUUGGCGUGAAGACUACGGAUUUCUGUCUCUUCACAAAUUGCAAAAAUAACACUAACAUAAUUGCAAACAACUCCAUUGAUAUUGGUAACAACGACUUGACUGCUCCACUUGAGAAACUGAUCAAAGAUAAAGUUGGCAGUGACCACGUUAAUGUACCUGAAGACUUCAUUCUUAAAGUCAAAAAGAGUUUUUGUGGUGACGCGCAGUAUUUUCAAAGUGAUUUGAACACGAUAGAUGACUCGUAUGAGAUUAAAAUUUCAUAUGAAGAAUAUAGAGAUACAGUCGCAAAGGAAACACAGAAGUUGUGUGAGUUUAUUUCAAAUACGACAACAAAGUACUUGGGAGAUCUAAAAAUUGAGUUUUGUGAAGUUGUUGGAUCGGGGUGGAGACCAUCGCCAGUACUCAAUGAAAUUAAAAAGUGUGUACCAAUUCAAACUCACUUGAAUGGUAAUAAUUCAAGUUCAAUAGGAUGCGCAUUGUACUUAUCCUUGUUAUUAGAACCAAAGUGGAGAAAAAGUCAAAUCGAUGUCAAUCAUAAAAAACACAUGAUCGCUGGAGACCAAUUUUCUAUUGAACUUCCAGACGAAUUGAAUAAUUUCUAUGAAGUGGUUUUUACAAAAGAAUAUUAUUUAAUGAAAAAUGAAAAUGGAUGUGUUACUUUGGACGAGUUAACUAUUCAUAAUAGUAGCAAUUUAAAUGGAAAUAAUAAAUAUAAUGAAUAUAAAAUAUUCGAAGAAAACUACAGGAACAACUCGGAAAAGUUUAGUAACUUUUUGUGGGAAAAGGCUAAAAUCAAUUUGAAUAACAAGAAAAGGGUACUUGGAACGUCUUUCAACAAAUAUCAACAGGAGUUGGAAAACGUUGUGUUUGGGGAUAUUGAAGCACUUAAACAAAUAAAAAACAAUAUCGAUACUGAAUUUGAAGCCAAGAAAACUUUAAUUAAAUGA